AAAGUAAAGUAGUACCGUUUGAAAGGCGGACACAUUGGACACGAGGAACGGAACGAACCAGGACGGCGAGGAAGGGAGAAGUUGGCCAUAAGAUUACCUUUUUAUACUAAAUCAUGGCCAAUUUAGCAGUGCAGGACCUCAAGACGCUGGACAUCACCCAGCUGACGGCGCUGUCCCCAGAGGUGAUCAGCAGACAGGCCACCAUCAACAUCGGCACCAUUGGUCACGUGGCCCAUGGCAAGUCCACUGUGGUGAAGGCCAUCUCCGGCGUCCAGACUGUGCGUUUCAAGAAUGAGCUGGAGAGGAACAUCACCAUCAAGCUGGGGUACGCCAACGCCAAGGUGUACAAGUGUGACAACCCCAAGUGCCCUCGCCCUGCCUGCUACACCUCCGCCAGCUCCCACAAAGAGGACGCCAUUCAGUGUGCCCGCUCAAACUGCUCUGGAAAAUUCCGCUUGGUCCGCCAUGUGUCAUUUGUGGACUGCCCCGGCCACGACAUCCUUAUGGCCACCAUGCUGAACGGUGCUGCAGUGAUGGACGCUGCCCUGCUGCUCAUUGCUGCCAAUGAGGCCUGCCCACAGCCACAGACCUCCGAGCACCUCGCCGCCAUUGAGAUCAUGAAGCUCAAACACAUUCUCAUCCUGCAGAACAAGAUUGACCUGUGUCGCGAGUCUCAGCUGAGGGAACAGUAUGACCAGAUCUUGCGUUUCAUUCAAGGCACAGUAGCAGAGGGAGCCCCGGUCAUCCCCAUCUCGGCACAACUCAAGCUAAAUAUCGACGUGGUGUGCGAAUAUAUCACAAAGAAGAUUCCCAUCCCUGAGCGCGACUUCCUCAGCCAGCCCAGACUCAUCGUCAUUCGCUCCUUCGACGUCAACAAGCCCGGGUGUGAGGUGGAGGACUUGAAGGGCGGAGUGGCGGGUGGUUCCAUCCUCCACGGGGUUCUCAAGAUUGGCCAGGAAAUUGAGGUGCGGCCAGGCAUCAUGUCCAGAGACGCAGAGUAUGGCCGCGUGGUGUGCAAACCCAUUAGGUCCCGCAUCAUUUCCCUCUUCGCAGAGACCAACGAGCUCCAGUUUGCUGUGCCAGGAGGUCUUAUAGGCGUGGGCACCAAGAUUGACCCUACACUGUGCCGGGCGGAUCGCAUGGUGGGGCAGGUGCUGGGGGCAGUGGGGUCCCUGCCAGAGAUCUUCACUGAACUGGAGAUUUCAUACUUCCUCCUGCGGCGCCUGCUGGGGGUCAGGACUGAGGGGGACAAGAAGGGUGCCAGGGUGCAAAAGUUGACAAAGAACGAGAUGCUGAUGGUCAACAUUGGGUCACUGUCCACCGGGGGCCGCGUGCUGGCAGUGAGGGCUGACUUGGCCAAGAUCACCCUCACCCAGCCUGUCUGCACCGAGGAGGGGGAGAAGAUCGCUCUGUCCAGGAGGAUUGAUAAGCACUGGAGGCUUAUUGGAUGGGGCCAGAUCCGUCGAGGCGUGACCAUCAAGCCGGAGUGAGAGAGAGGGAGAGUUGACAAGACAACCCGUUACCAGAAGGAAAUGGUUCUCUUCACAUACAUACAGACAGACAGACAGACACAUACGUACAUAGACAUGGUUGAAAUAUGUAAUGGUUUAAAAAAAAAAGGAAUAAAAGAGGAAGAAAAU